AAUAAACAAUUAUCUCUCUUUAAAAUUAAUCAAUGAGCAUAAAGCUAUAAUCAUGAAGAUUAAAAAGAGCAGUGUUGAGAACGGAGUUAAAAUAAAAACGAAACCUAUGAAAGACUUCAAUCCUAAUAGAAAUUUCGUGAAAGUUACGAAGCGUAAAUCAAAGACUUUCCCAAUCAACAGAUUUGAAAAACGAUUUAAAUUAGACACUGAAACUGGAAACUCCAACAAUGAUUAUGAGAUCACCUCUGAUUUGAAGAGCGAUGAUAAGGAGUACAGUGAAAAUGUAAGCUCUGAAUAUUUAUUAAAAGAGCAUGAAUAUUUGAUUGGGGAAUUCAAAUUUUUUGUAGAUGAGAAAAGGGUAGAAAAAUCAUUGCUAUUUGAUAUUGAAGAUCUACCAGAAGCAGAAAUUAUCUCAAUUCCGUUAGGAAACGGAACAAACCCAACAAGCGAAAUUGAUCCGGAAACUGAAAUUCCAAGCGAAUCUAUAGAUUCUGAAGAGCCUGGAGGAGAAACCCAAGUGGCUAAAGAUGCGGAGAUGCCAAGUAAGGAUAGCACGGAAACGGAUGCUGAGGAUCUGCCGGAGUUAAGCAUAUUUGAGAACAGCUUCAAGAGCAACAUUGUGCUUGCUGUGCUCAAACAGGAUGUAGAAUUUUAUGGCACCGUGGUGGUCACCUUGCUAUGCGGUCGCAUUACAAUUAAUGGCUACAAAGCACGCCCCAUGGAUCCAUUGAACAUAUAUUCGCCUAAGGGAUUCAACUGGGUGGUCAUUUCGCCGUUGGCCAACAAGAAACCGCCCAAAGACAAUGUCAACUGGCAGGAUCUCAACGAGAAUUUCUCGCGCGCUCAGCUGGACAACAUUUUGGGCAAUUACAAUGCCCAAUGCGAUGCAAUUGUACUGCUGCAACGGAAUACCGGAGCACAGAAUCUGCUGGCAACAUUUGCCAAGCACAUGGCAGAGAAUGUUUUCCCGCUGGUGAAUGCCACGAAUCGUCCACACUAUGCCAGCGAAUAUUUACUCAAUUCCCUCGUUCAGUGUGCGGACAGGCGAGGGGGAGCGCUGCAGGUGCCCACUGUCUGGACAAAGCUGGCGUUGCAGUCGGGCAGCCGGCUUAUGGUCACCGGUGGCAAGGGUGUGGGCAAAUCCACACUGAUCCGUUACCUCAUCAAUCGGCAUUUAGAACGCUUUCAGAAACUGUUGGUCAUUGACCUGGACAUUGGGCAGCCGGAGUUAUUUGUGCCCCAAACGGUUUCAUGUUGCGUCAUCGAUGCACCACUCUUGGGACCCGGUUUCUUUCUCAACAAACAACCCGACAUGGCUUUUGUUGUGGGUCAUGUGAAUGUGGUGAUGUGUGCCGAGGAAUACGCAAGAUCAGUGCGACAUUUGUUGGGCCAUUGCCGGGGCGUGAAGGGAUAUGCAAAAAUGCCUUGGCUGAUCAAUACGAUGGGCUAUAACAAAGGAUUUGGCCUUGAACUUAUGGCCCUAAUCGUGGAUUGCGUCCAGCCAACGGAUGUGGUGCAAAUAGCCAGCAACCGGCCCAUUAACAAUUUCGAGGAGCCACUCGACAGCAAAUCCUUAGCUCGAGUGGUGCCCAUCAUCUACACAGCGGAUGAGUUCAAGCGGAGCGAUGACUUUCCGAAAUAUGCGUUGCAUCAGUUGCGCAGCGCGUUGCCGCCGCCGAAUCGUAGCUACGAUCAACCUUGGCUGAUGAGUGCCAAGGAUGUGCGCUAUUCCAAUUUCCUGGCGCGGCUAAGCCAAGCAUUACGCGGUAAUGCGAAGCACCUCACAGACUGUCAACCCCUGCAGAUCGAUCUAAAUAAGCUGCAGAUUCUGUGUCGCCCAGCGGAGGAUUGGACGCGUGAGGAGCUCAUCGCUGGCGUCGAGGCCAACUUGGUUUAUCUGUGCAAAUCCGCCGCAAGCAAUCAGCCAGUGGAGUGCUUUGGCAUCGGUGUUGUUCGUGCCAUUGACUACGAUGCGGAGAAACUUUAUCUGCUGCCGGCGAUGCCUUUGACUCGACUUUUGAAAGUCAAUUGCCUGGCUCUUGGCGGAGAUUUGAGCCUGCCGCAGGGCUUCUUCAAGCAUCAGGGCGCAGGCGUAGCUAACAACGUGCCAUAUGUCUUCAUCAUCGACGACUCCAAGUCGUCCAAGAGCAUACAGCACUUCUACCAUCGACCACCUGAAUUCCUCGGACAACCUGUCAUCAAAUAGUAAAUCUAUCCAAGUAAUAAAUUCUACAUAUAUAAAUGAAUAUGUGUAAAAUUAGCCUGUAAGCAUUUGGAUAUUAUUGAAUGUUUUUAGGUUGAAUGAAAAAGUGACAGCGAUUUUUAAAGUGAACUUCCAGAUAAUG